ACAAACACACACACCCACACACAGGCGCACUUCAGCCCGGUGGCAGGCAGGGAGGAGGAGGAAGGCGGAUCUGUAAAGUCCACUCUGCAGGACUUCCUCGCUACAGCCGAGCAGACCCUGCAGCGCAAUCAUGGAGGACUCUGCCCCCCGUCGUAGUCGCGCCGCGUUUGCGGGGCUGGUGGGAGUGUCCCAGGUGCUGGGUUUGGCAUCCGUGGUGCUAACCGGUGUGUGGAUGGGUCAUUUCCGUGGAGGUUUUGCCUGGAAUGGCUCAAAGCAGGAGUUUAACGUCCACCCUCUGUGUAUGGUGCUGGGCCUGGUCUUUCUGCAUGGAGAUGCCAUCCUGGUCUACAGAGUGUUUCACAACGAGCCGAAGAAGAACGUAAAGCUGCUUCACGGAAUUAUUCACCUGCUUGCUCUCAUCAUGAGUAUUGUAGGUUUUGUGGCUGUGUUUGACUACCACAGGGCAGCCAAGAUUCCUGACAUGUACUCUCUACACAGCUGGUGCGGCAUGACUACCCUAAUCCUGUUCUGCUUACAGUGGGUGAUGGGUUUGCUGUUCUUCCUGUUUCCUGUUGCGUCGGCAUGGUUACGAGCCUCAUACCUGCCUGUCCACGUGUUCUGUGGCCUGGCUCUGCUGGUAAUGUCCGUAGGGACCAGCCUGCUGGGCAUCACGGAGACGCUCCUCUUCAACAUCAUGUCGACCUACUCUAAGUUCACCCCAGAGGGAGUGCUGGCCAACGUCUUGGGGAUCCUGUUGGUGUGCUUUGGGUUGGUGCUGGGACACCUGAUGACGAGGGAGGAGUACAGACGCCCACCAAACCCAGAGGAAGAAGCUCUGUCCGUUCAUUUCAAGACACUGACUGACGGGGGAUCACCAACCACGCCUUAAUCUCACUCUGAAGCCUGACACCUCUCCGUGAUCUACAUCUACAGUCCUGCCAACAGACUACCUGUGCUACCAGUCUCUGUUAGUACCUGCAUACCUGUCAGAAAAUGAGUUCAGCUUUAGGUUCAAUGAGUUAAGAACAGAAAUCUGUAAUAACUGUCUUUCUCAUGUUAUCAUAUCAACCAGCUCUGUCAUUUAUACACACAUAGUUAAAGAUGUACUGUUUCACUACACAUUGUCACAUGGAGCGUCAUGUUUGUGUAGUUGAAGGGCGCAGUUUAUAUUUGAUUGUUUCCUGUUGUGCAGUGUUCAUGGUUACGUUGUGAUUCUCGUUUUGCUUAAAUGUGUCCUUCACUUGUGUUUUAUCGUUGUGUCUUAUCUAUAUUAAAGAUGUAGCAUCAGUAGCAUGCUAGCCAACCCGAGUAAGUGCAGUGUUCUCCUCUCCCAUCCUUUCCUCCACAGCUGCCUGCUCUGCUCUGUGUGUCGGCUUUGUGAGGACAGUUAUUGACAUUAAUGCACUCUCAGCAUCUCACCCCCAACUUUAACCAUAUUAACUACAGUAAAUCUCAAACCUAACAUAACCCUAAAACCAAGUCUUAACCCUCAGACGGCGGUAUGAGAAGAUGCAAGUUGUACCUUUCACAAGUGUUUCUCAGGAAGAUAACCCGACACGUUUUUGUUGUUACUUGUUUCUGUUUUUUGUUUUCCUGUGAGAAAUAACUAAAGUCAUGAUGUGCGGAUGCGUGGUUCACAUAAUAUUUGGAAAGCUGGAAUUCAGAAUCUGUCCGUUUGAAUAUCAAGUAUUUCUCCUGUCAUUUUUUAUCCUCAUCAAUAAGCUACCACAACCACCACCACCUUUUCUGUCCCCUUACCAGUCACAGCAGAUGGCUGCCAUGGGCGUUAUCUGGUGAUUGCGCUGAUGCUCUUUUUUAGUAAAUCUGGCACCUUAUCAGUGAAAUUAAAUUGGACUAAAAAAGAAACUACAAACACAAAUUUCACACAAAAGAAACAAAUUUCUGCUUUUACACUCAGAAAGAAACUACACUACCCUCUGAACAACUGUACAAAUCCUGCAAAUGUAGCCUUUCUGUGAGCAGGGUGUAGCAUGGUGGUGCGCUGGUAGUCUGUAGAAUAGAUGCUGUGGUCUGCUGGAGAACCACGUGUUCAAAAACUGUUCUCCGCAGCCGCUGUCUACUCUCCGAGCUGCUUUUCAUGCUUUUUUGUCUCUCCGUGGUGAACAUUGGUCGAGUUCCCCUCAUGUUCCUCUCUGUGUAACUAAAGAGCCACAGGUCCACGUUUAUUUUGGGGUCAAUAUGUGACAUUAAAGGUGGUGUAAAUUGGUUGUAUGAUAAAAUUUCCUCUGCUGUUGCUCUAGCUUCGUGACCUGCAGUACCAUAAAGUGCUGUUUUCUGAGAGAAUCCUAUCUGUCAGUAACUGUUCCUGUUUAAAUGGUUCAAUAACCUGUUGUGUGUAUUCAAAUACCUAAAUUUAUUUUUUUAAUGUACUUUUUGUUUUGUUUUGCUCGUCUUCGGCUCAGAGUUCAGUCCUUGUGCCUCAGAGAGAGCUUGGUGGAGGUUGUUCAUUUUUCUGUAAGUUGUGACAGUGUCCUUGUUCACAGGAAGUCCCGAUCUUAUCAGGCCAACCUGAAAUAAAAAGUGUUUGAAAUUA